CACAUCACACCCACUCUACAGUCUCUUUCAUAGGCUUCCCAUCCCUUUAUUCGUCCACAACAACUUUAAACCGCCUAUAUUCAACUUCAAAAUUUUCAUCUGCCUUUCUCUCUCAUCUACUACUCUUCGCUUCACUGAAAACUCCUGUUCAAAUUUGCGCCGAAUUCUAGGUCAUUUUCUACUUCCGAGUUCUCAAUCAUUGUUCGAUCUACAAAUCAAUCGAAAAUGGAGGUUCUCGAAACGCCUCAAAUUGAUGCUGAAACUGAUGCUUUCUCUCUCAUCGACGUUUCCGCUUCCGAUGAUGAUUUUCUUUUGGCUUCUUCCUCAGAACCCAGCAUAGCGGACAAUGCAGACCAUAUUUUUACUGAAGGAGCACCUACAGACCAACCAUCUGAUUCCUUGGUUUUACAUAAACCUGGGAAAACUGGCAAAUGUAACCUGCGCAAAAGUUUGGCUUGGGAUAGUGCAUUUUUUACCAAUGCUGGAGUUCUUGAUCCCGAGGAGUUGUCUAGCAUAAUGGAGGGGUCUGAGACGGGUGUGAAGCAAAGCCCGUUUCUACCUGGUAUCCAAGAGGAAUUAAGCAAGUCAACUGAUUCAAUCUCCACUUUUCAGAGUGAUAAUGUGACGCUGGAAAGUCUUGAGGCUGAUCUUUUCUGCGAUAUAAGAGCUUCAAUUCAGAGAUGCAGCAAGUCUUCGACUAAAGAAAGUAGUGGUGACGUUAAAAUCCAUGGAGAAGAACCCAAAAAUGAUUGUUCAACAAAGAUACCUGAACCUUCACGCAAAUUGGCAAAGCCCAAAACAGCCUCCAAUAAACUUAAUAUGGCAGCACGUGGGCCUAUGAGAACAUUAAAGCCAGGUUCUGUUUGCAAACAAGAGAUUAAGCCUCCUGUCAACCGUAGCAGAGAGCCUACCUCACUGCUUUCUAGGCCACUUAAGCCAGCUAGUGGACCAAGUUUGCAAGUAGCAGCAACUACCAAGAGAAUGUCAAUUAGUGCCAGCCGCGUCAAAUCAGAUUCUAAGGCUGCAGGAAAUGUGAAAGGCGCAGGGAAGGGAACUUCAUUGCCAGAUGCUUCCCAUCAAGUUGAUUCGCGAAAGCCUUUACCUAAAGCUCCGUCUUCAUCCAAAAUUUCUGCAGCUUCUUCAGUAUUGAACAGAACCAAAACAUACAGUUCACGCUCGUCAUGUGACAGCUCUAGUAGCUCUGCAUCUGAAAAUGUCCGAAAAUUUCAAAUGGGUGUAAUCAGAAAAAAGACGUUGGACAAGAAUGUCAGUCUGCUACCUGGUGUCAAGAAUAGAGCUUCAACUAACACUGUAGAAAAGGUGAAGUCUCAGAAUAAGCAGUCCCAUCUCUCAGACUAUCUGAAGUCCAGAUCGACACCUUCCUGUAGUAUAUCACCUGCAAGCUCUAUUAGUGAAUGGUCCACUGAGUCAUGUUCUUCAACAGCUACAGUUAAUCAAAAACAUUUUGGCUUGAAUCCUUGUCCCCCUACCUCUCAUGAUGUUGGUGCUGAUAGCAAUGUUUCUCAAAAUCUGCUUAAUCUAUCUAGUGAUAGAGCUUUGGGUGAUCAUGACAAUCAAGUGCCAAUAUCUAGCCAAUCUGCGAUACAACCUUCAAUAGGGAGUGCUGUGUCCAAUCCUCAUCCAGGCUCUGCUAAACCAUCAGGUCUUCGAAUGCCAUCACCAAACAUUGGUUUUUUUGAUGGGGCAAAAGCUGGUGGUAAGACUCCUAGUAGCAGUUCACAACCUCGUUCUGCCUUGCCCAGCAGCCUUCCUAGAUCAGCAGCAGGAACACCCAAAACUUCUGGGGCGACAAACAAAACAAGACUUGGCUUUGGCACUAGUGCUUCUAAAAUAACAGAAUCUGCUGCUGCAACUGCCAAGCCUAAAGAACAAAUCAUUGAUGCAAACCUUAAAACAGAUGCAGCAAGGACUCCUUUGACAGUAAAGAAUAGGGUAUCUAAUGUGGUUGAGGUAAGCACCUCGCCACCUGGAUCAGGCAUCGAAUCAUUUUCAAAGGGUGACGCAGUGCCUUCUCUAGAGAUAACUCAAAAGGGAAGUAGCUGACACUUUUGUGAAAUGCAAUAUACCGUUCCAAGGUAAAUUAUGUAUGGGCAAGUGAAUAGUACACUGCCAUGAACAUAUUCAAAGAGAAUUUAUACAUUUGUGGUAUAGAUCGGAUGAUAUAUUACCAUUUUAAGAAGUUUGGAUAAGUAAA